AUCAUUUCUCACCAAAAAAAAAAAAACUCACAUAAAUUGUGAACGGCGGCGUUUUGCAGUGGUGAUUUUCCAAAUAUGGGUAAAAGGAAAACUUUUGUUUUAAGCCGGAAGGAGUCUAGCCGAAAACCAACGGAAAGAUUGUAUCAACCAAAGAAAUUUCGAUGGUGUAAAUUUGUGGUUAUUCCCCUGCUAAUUGGAUUUAUUUUAUUGCUGAUUCUAUCGAAUGUUGAUUUUACCGGUAACGCCUACGAUAAUACCUGGUUAUUGGUAAAGGAUAAUCGAAUAAUUUUUGCUGAGGAAACAUCUAUGGUCAAUAAAAUGAGACAACUACGCUCGACACGUGGCCUGCAAUGCAGCAGCGUAAACUGUAGCCUGACAUGCUAUGGCGGCAAUACAAAUAAUUUAUACAAAGACCUUGAACCUUUGUAUGCUAUGUGUGGUUCGGAUGUGGAAUUAUUUCUAUACGAUUGCAGUUUUCCGGGAGAUACCAUGAAGUCGACAUUUUUAGAGGGCGAUUUUCGGCUAAAGACCCUAGAGAUAGAUAACUGUGCUCUGGCCUAUAUCGAAGAGGGAGCAUUCCAACAGAAAUCUGUUAAGAAUUUAAAGCGUUUGCAUCUUCUGAAUAGUCAAUUUGUAAGAUUGCAGGAAUGGAGUUUUGAUGGUCUCGCAGGCUUGGAGGUAUUGCGCAUAAGCAAUGGAAAUUCGUAUUCAUCUUAUCCGUUCUAUGGCAAUAAUUGCCUGAAACCCUUGGCUGGAACACUGCAGAGUUUGAAGAUUUUCCAAAAAUCCAAAACAAAUUCCGAUACUUUUGAUCCUCAAAAUUGGUUUUGGGAUGGUGUUAUGCAGCAGUUGAGAGAUGUGGAUUUUAGUGACAAUUAUUUUCGCGAUGUUUUAACAGAGCAGAGCUUUAUGCGUUUGGGUCCGGUGGAGUCCUUGAAUUUAUCCAAUUGUAGUCUCGAGGCUUUGCCAGUGCGAAUGUUUGAUGGAAUGUUGGAAACUUUGAGAUAUUUGAAUUUGAGCCACAAUCAAUUGUCGGCCUUGGAUGCAGAUCUGCUGGCUAAGCUGGGGGGAGUUAAUAGCUUGGUUCUCGGUGAUAAUAAUUGGGAAUGUGGUUGUGAAAAUUAUGAUUUUUUAAAAUUAUUGCAAGAAAAAUUCUCCAACAAAAUUAUGGAUAGAGAAUAUGUGAAGUGUGCUGCGCCAAGUGAUUUAAAGGGACAGGGAAUUUUUUUCAUGACCUUGAAAUGUAAAGAAGAAGAAGUCACCACAAUUAUCACCACAACAGAGGAAGAUUUGACAACAGAAGAAGUCACCACCAUUAUCUCCACAACUGAAGAAGAGACCACAACGAUAACCUCCGUCACAGAACAAACGACAAAUGUGGCAAACACAAGUCCAGAGGUUGAACCCUCAACGCCAGAUUCUACUGAGGAUGGAAAUGUGACAACAACCACCUCAGCGACUAUAUACACAACGACAACAACAACAACCACACAAUCCCCUUUGCCACCAACGAUUGAGAGUACCACCUCCACGACUGCUGCAACACCGCCAUCUACUGUCAACAUUUGUUGUCACAACGCCUUUAACAGCGACCAACUCUAUUUGGCCCUGUUUCCUUCGCAAGGCCCCUUCACAAUUACCCCCAAUUCGCCGACAAGUGUUCGCAUCCAUGUCAACCAGUACUCGUUAAUUUUCGACAUCAUACACUUUACGAAAUACGCUCAAGAGUUACACUGGCUACGAGGACGUUCAUUGGGAUCGCAAAUUUUCGACCAUACCUUACUCGUGAACGACUUGAAAGUGGGUUCGGCCUAUUUGUUUUGCCUCAUAUCAGAAUCGACAAACAAGGUAUCACCGUUCGAUUGUAAAAGUUAUUAUGUCGCCGGGCCGGGAGAUCAUCCGGUGGAGCCGUGGAUUUGGGACGAAGACAAGGGAUGGAUAUUGUCCCUGGUUGCCUUGGGCAUAUGUCUGUUUAUAUUUUUCGGCUUAAUUGUAAGCUUUACAAUAUUACGUCUGAAGAAUCUACGCAAGGCCAAGCGUCAAUGUCAACAGAUGCAACAAGAAUGUCAGUCCGGCGAAAUGGAACGCAGGCUGUGCACCCAAUCUUCAGCAGGAAUUUCACUGGCUGAAGUACAAUUAUAUUUGAGAGAUUCCCUGGACCCACCUGCCAGAUCGUCUCACAAUAAUAAAGACCAAUAUAUAAAUCUACACAUGGAUUACUAUGAAGAGUUACAAAUCUAAG